AUGGAGCCGAUCUCCGCCGCCGAUAAGUCGGCGCCGACAUCGGCCGACUUUCCCCUUCGGGUGCAAAUGGGUCGCGGUCUCAGCUUCACCUUAGAGUGGAACGACUACGCCGUCCUUCGCGACCAAAAGAAAGAGUUCACCGAGAGAUGCUUUGGACUCGCCAUCAGGUUCGCUUGGUUUGACAUUGGGCGGGACGACCUGCGGUUGUGGGUGCUCGGGAUCGGCCCGCUUCGAUCGGCCAUGAAAGCCGCCGACCAUUCUUGCUUUGCUAAGGCUUUCGACGCCGACAUCGCCGCUAUCCCGCUGAAAUCGACCGGCGGCCCGCUUCCAGGGUCACACUGCAGCGUCAUAGCCAUCCUCUACCCAGGAGAUGUGCUGAAGGCUGAGGGACAGGUCUGCAGGACAUCGAUCCGGCACAUCGACCCGCACACCGGAAAAGGGAAGCACCGCGACGAGGCCGUCCGCGUCCUGAAGCUAUUCCGCACGGCUGCCCUGGCCGAGCUGGGGCGUCCCGGUAGGAAGUGGGACGGGGCGCCGCCAUCACAAGCAGUGGUGGAGGAAAGGCUUGCCGACUGCGACGACCCUAUCCGCGACAAAGUGCCGGGCACAGUGUCGGACGGGCAUGUCGGCACCGGCAUGCUUGCCGCGACGUCGUUCGGGUGGGUGGCCAAGCAGAUCGGCCUGCUGACGGGCGACAAGGCUCGGAGCGCUGUGAGCAUCGAGAACAUCAAGGUCGCGGGUUUGAGCGGCGCCGACGGACCCGCCGAGGGUGCGAUUGAUGACGACGGCGCGGAAAGUCAGACGGCGCCCCAAGCAGCAGCUGCCGCCCAGCGCCAGGAGGACUUGCCGGUGUCCGCGGAAGGAGGAACCGGUGGAGGACUAGGCGACGAUGCGGCAGGCGCAGGGAGGAAGGAAGAGGAGUUGACGGACUCUGGCUCAGAGUCGGAGUCGGAGGGGGAGGAGGAGGACGAAGGGGAGAAGGAGAAUGAGGACGAGGAGGAUGACGAGGGCAAGGACGAGAACGAUGAGGUGGUGGAGGUGGUGGCCGGGAAGGAUGAGGCGGCGCACGAGGAAGGGGUGGAGGAGGAGGUGGAGUACGAGCUGGAGUACGCAGACGGCACGGUUGAGGCGGUGGGGUCGGCGGACGAGAAGAACGAGGAAGCGGAGGAUGGCGAUGCGGGUAAUGCUACGGGGUCGGCAGGUGAGGGGAAGGAAAAGGAUGAGGUCGGCGUGGAGGCAACGACGGAAACGGGCCAGGAGGAGGCGGCAUGCGAAGGUGCGAAGGUGUCGGUCGACGCCGGCGAAGGUGCGAACAUCGCGGGCGUGCAGGAGACGGGGGACGCAUCUGGUCGGCAGGGCCCUGCAACGGACGACGUCGAGGAGCUGCGACGGGAGAACUUGCUGUUGAGGGCGGAGAACGCUCGGCUGCAGGGUUUGCUCGAUGCGGAACGGGCUCGGCUGGACGCGUUUUUUGUUGGGCUACGUGGACUCGUCGACCACCUGAAGGAGUUGGCCGAGCAGGUCGACGACACCGAGAAGUAUGCGGCGGAACAGCUGCGAAACGCGGCGGAGGCCAUGUCGCAGACCAUCACGGGCAACAUCACCGGCAGCUUCGACGAGGCGUGGAAGACGAUGAAGACCUUCGCGGAACAGGCGUCGGCGUGGCUGGAGGACUUCGACAACCCGGAGGGAAAUGUGGCGUAUCAACGCGCCUUAGCGGUCACCACCUUGGCCGACCACGUCGACAAGGUGGUGGGCGAUGCGCAGGAGGAUUUGCGGGAGCACAUCACGAGCCAGUUGUCCGCCGCAGCUGUCAACAUCGCCACAGCUGUGACCGGCAGGCUCCCCGUGCAGCCGCCGCCACCGCCUCAGCCCACGCCGCCCGCCCUCCCGGAAGAGCUCUUGAAGUCGUUCAAGGCCGACAUCAUGAAGACGGUGACGGAGGCCACCGAGCAGUCGUUCGUUGCGUCCGGGAUGAAGAUGUUGACCGAGAUGAUCGGCACGGUGGCGCCUGGUCGACGUGGGUCGUCGCCUUCGGCCAAUGACGCCGACGCCGCGCAACAGAGGGCGGCCGACAAGCAAGGCCUGAAGAGGUCGGGCGACGGUGACGACAAGGAGAGCUCGAAGCGGAGCAAGGGAUCGGACGGGAGCCGCGUCACGAAGCCUCCUGCGCGGAGCGUGGUCGACAUGCUGAAGGCGAAGGGGUGGAAGGUGAGGGGAGGGUCGACCAGCAAGGGAAGCGGAAGCGGGGGGGCGGACGGGAGACCUGCCGACGGGAUCGCGGCUAACGUCGAUGCACCGCCUGGCCCGCCUUUGGACGCCGAGCAGACCCAUCCUCAGGCGAGCGGUGGGAAGGACGCGGCCCCCACUGCCCAGGCGGCGAAAGUCGGAGGCGCCGGAACCACCCAGGGGCCGUCUGACGCGGUGCCGGCCAAGGGCAAGGCGAUGUCUGCGUCUGCUACGGUCGCCGGAACCGGCACGGCGAAGGCUGCCUCUGCUUCAGUCCCCGGAACCGGCAAGUCGAAGGCUGCUUCUGCUACGGUCGCCGGAACCACCAAGUCGAAGGCUGCUUCUGGUACGGUCGCCGGAACCACCAAGUCGACACCAUGUAACCCGCCUGCGGCAACCACCGGGCCCGCCGGCCAGUCAGGUGCGGGGAAGCAUGGGGAGGCCCGUGCGGCCCCUCCAGCUCCAGCAGCCCCUACUGCCGCCAAGGUCGACGCGAAGGCUGCUUCGGCACAGGGGCCACCCGGGAGUAACGCGCUUAGGGUGUUGCUCCACCGCAUGGAGUCCCACCGCCCGGGCGCGCAGCAGCAUCCUGUGGUCGACGCCGGCCUCGCAGAAACAGCACGUCGCUCCGUCACUCCGCACGUUGCCGGCAAACCGUCCGAUGCCCAAUCUGCCGCGCGGCCGGUCGCCGCCCCACCGCCUGCGGACCCCAAGUCCGCGUUUCUUCGCGCCCAUAUAGGCGCACGCAAAGCGGCAGCUCCACCAGUCACUCAGCCGGAACCCGGCACAAGCGCGACGCCGACGGCUGUAAAUGCGACCGCACCCUCCCCAGGAGCAGCUGUGGUCGAUCUGGCGGCGGAGAGGGGAGUCAGUGCAGCGCUAGCCACCGGCGGCCGCGCCGACAGGCAUGCCGCCCUCGAAUCCGUCCUGGCCCAGUUUGAGGCAGCAAAACGGCCCGAGCAUGCCCCGGCACUGGCCAUCGUGGACACGGCGCAUGCGGAGCCGUCGGCGACCAACACAGGGGGUUCGGCGGAGCCGACGGCCGCAACGGGUGUUGUCGCCGAGGGAAAUGCGGGACGGAAGGGUAAGGACGACACCGGGAAAGGGAAGGCGGUGUCGGCGGGGAAGGAGAUGGCGGAAGACAAAGGGAAGAAGCCGGCACGGAAGACGGGCGGCAAGGGUAAGUCGGCAAAGAAGAAGGAGGAGGAGGAGAAGGAGGAGGAGGUGGGGGAGGGGGAAGAGCAUGGACGCCGGGGUCAUGGCAUCCGCCGAGACAGGUCUGGCGACGGGCAGGGGUGGGUGGGCGAGAUGAAGUUCAAGAACCAGAAUCGGUACAUCGGCAAGUCCCGCGACAAGAUGGAGCUGGCCUACGAGCACGCGAUUGCGUACUUCGUCUACGACGGCUACGUGAGCAAGGUGCUCAUGAAGGAGCUCACCGCCUUGAAGCCGGGAGAGUUGGAUGAAUGGAAGGCGGUGUGGGAGGAGGUCAAAAUCCUGCCGACCGGGAUGUGGACGGUGAUGUGGGCCAGAGGCUUGUGCCAUCCGAGACCAAGGUUCGACGACAUACUCGGCAGGUUCCGUGGGUACGCAGGUUCGGGUGAUGCGCUUCAUGGCGUGCUCUGGCCGGCGAUGUGGUUCCCCAUCAUCGAGGACACGGAGGAAGGCAGGGCGGAGACAAAUGCCAACAUGUCGGCGAUGGUGAAUCGCGUGUCGAUGUGCGCGGCGUAUGGAAAGGUCGCGGCGAGAGUCGCGUAUGGGAAGGUCGACGGGAGCGCGGAGGCGACCGCGGGAGAGACGACGGAUAUGGAAGGCGCGGACAGGAAGGCGGACGAGAAGGUGCAGAUGGGGGCCCAGGCGUUAGCGGCCUCUGCAUGCGCCCUCUGGUGCUACAUGUCGACGCCGGCGUCGGUGCUCGGUGCUGUGGGCGAAGGUAAGGCGGCCGCGAUUCUGGCAGGUGCGGGGAAGGAGAGGGGCGAGCACUUCGCGAUGCGCUAUGGAGUGGCCAGGGCCUUCGAGGCGGGCAUUGAGGAAGACGAGGCCGACAUGAUCGCAAGAGCGACGGUCGAGACCUUGGCGUUCUGGGGAAUGUGCCCCCUCGACGGGCCCAAGCUCAAAGCGGAGGGCAUCGAUGUGCCGUGUGACGCGAAGAUGGAGUACGACUUGGAUCACAGGGGGAGGAAGGGGGAGAAGGUCAAGCAGGCCAAGGGCAGCAAGAGGAAGAGGUAG